UUCCACUUUCUCCCCUCCGUCCGCCGGGUUUAGAUCCCUUUGUGCCCUUUCUUUUAGUCUGUCAUCAUUUUUGGGUGGAGAUUGAUUCCUUUGGUGCCAGUCCUGGCUCGACGAGUGGUGAGCAAGUGUCUUGCUGUCGACCCUUGCUGCUGCUGUCCUUCACAAAGUUCGCCUUUCAACUUCUGUGCUUCGACCCACGGCAUAUAGGAAGAAGGUUAGCUUUGUCUUGGAUUAAAAAGGAACAAAACAACAUCUGCAGUUAGGGGUUUUGGUGAAAUUGCUAUUUCGCGCAACUCGAGUCCCGGUACUUCUGUGAAGGUCUUAGUUCUCAUUCAUAGUUGAAAAUGGGUUGGAAAGCUGCAGAAAAACUAAUUAGGCACUGGAAAGUACUCAGAGGAGAUAAUGUAAUGAUAAUCAGGGGCAAGGAUAAAGGUGAGACUGGUGUUAUUAAGCGUGUCAUUCGUUCUCAAAAUCGUGUUAUUGUUGAGGGAAAAAAUCUGGUGAAAAAGCACAUCAAAGCAGGUGAAGGUCAUGAAGGGGGGAUCUUUACAGUUGAAGCCCCACUUCAUGCCUCAAAUGUUCAAGUUCUUGAUCCAGUCACUGGGAAACCUUGCAAGGUUGGAAUUAGAUAUUUAGAAGAUGGUAUCAAAGUGAGAGUUUCUAGAGGUCAAGGGGCAUCUGGGUCUAUAAUUCCUCGUCCUGAGAUUUUGAAGAUUAGGACAACACCAAGACCUACUGUAGCUGGUCCUAAGGAUACUCCUAUGGAUCUCGUGUUGGAGAGGACUUAUGAUGCUAAAACUGGGAAGGGCAUGCCUGACCUUUGAAGAAAUCUUGUUCAAGUUAGUAGUGGAUAUCAAACAUACUAAUGGAAGUUGCAGGAACAUGAGUCGCAUAAGCUAGAUGUGUAGAACAGUGAUUUUGUGAGUUCAGCCAUCUAGUUUUAUUUUCAUUAGUGCAUUUUUGAAAGUUGAACGAAUGGAUAAAUGAGUUCUAUCCGUAGUUUGAUCAUCACUGCUGGCUUGUGUGUGGCAAGUACUGUGUUUCAGAUUCUCUCACUCUCUAGCCAAUAAAAAAUAUAGGUACUCUUUGAGAUGAUAGCCACAUAUGCUGAUCCUAAUAUUCUCGAGUAAUAGUUUUUAUAAAGUGUAUGCUGUUAGCUACUAGUACUAGCAAAUAUCAUGUGAGCUGACUUAUUAAAUAAUGCAUUUUGAGCAGCUGGUUUUGUUGCUGUAACUAGAGAUUUAUUUUAAUCAGAGCACACUGAUGUGUCGAA